UAAGUACCUGUAAUUUAUGCAUCAUCAUCUCUCAUGCUUCCUAUUUCUUGUUAUUAAGGACGAUGUCUGGAAACCGGAUGUAACUCUAUACAACUCUGCCAACAACUACAUAGCUUUAGGACACAAGACAAUACUGAUUGAAAAUGACGAAAAUGGCAGUAUGUCAUGGGCUCCGAUGGAGGUAUUUGAGAGUUCUUGUUCUGUCGAUAUGACUUAUUAUCCCUAUGAUAUCCAAACAUGUGAACUGCAGUUUAUGUCAUGGAGCUAUGAUGACGACACGGUAACGCUGAGUAUGGCGGAUGACACUGUCCAGUUAGAAGAUUACAGUACAAACGCACAGUGGGAUAUACUUUCUACUAAUGUUUCAUAUGUAAACGAGACGGCAGGCGCUUACGUUGAUCUGAUAUCUUUCAAAAUAAAGCUGCAACGAAAGCCAAGACAUCAUUUGAUAACAUUGUUCCUACCGAUAAUUCUUCUGGCUGUUUCGGAGAUUUUCGUGUUUGCCUUACCAAGUGACGGAGGAGAAAAGUCUGGGUAUGCCGUAACAGUUUUCCUAGCAUUUGCCGUCUUUCUCACUAUUGUUAACACAGCAAUGCCAGCAAAUUCGGAGAAAGUAUCUAUCUUUUCCGUAUAUCUGGUAAUCCAAACUGCACAAAGCACACUGAUCACAAUAUUGUCACUGCUAUCCAUACGAUGUGCGUCUCUGGACGAAACAACCAGGAUCCCAAGCGGGUUUGUUGCUCUAGUCAGGCUGUCGCAAUGUGGAUGCAAGGAGACAAAUGCCCCAAAGUCGAAUAGAAUUGGAAAUAUGGACGAAGUCAGUGAAGUUGAAAAGAAUGGUAGUUCAUGCAGUCUCGACGAUAAGGAAGAAACAGAGACAUGCAGUUGGAAAAUGGUGACGAAUGCUGUUGAUAAGAUAUGCUUCAUGGUUUUCUCGGCCGUUUUUGUGAUCACAACUACUGUUUGUUUCUGUGUCAUUUUCUUGGCACCAGACUAGAAAAGCUUCUGUUUCAGAAACACUUAUUAUAGUAAUACUAGUUGACUAAAUUUCACAUUACAUAGCGCUAGUUGCUUUAUUUUAGAACUUCGUCUAUUGUUAGAAAAACAUGAAAAGGUAAUAUCUGGAAGUUUGUAUUUCAGUAUUUAUAUACUUCCUAAAUAAACGAUUUUAGCGAAUAAAAAGGCUCUGACUUCCAGAUCGUACAACAGAAAAAAAGAGGAAAAAUUCAGGUAUUAGGAAACUAAUGCUACAGUUUUAAACUUAAUAACUGACAGACUACAGGUUACGGAAACACAUGAGAUUUAAUUGUUUCUACCAACUCUUACAUUGAGGUAAAUUGCCUUAAUUAUAUUAAGUCUCUUUAUUUAACAUAACACAUAUUCCUCUACAGCGGUUUUUGUGGAGACGGGAAGUUUUUAUUGCCGUGGCGGUCCUGGUUUGAUUCCUGAAGCGGACAUCUUUUUUCCCUUGAUUCUGGCACUUUUAAGAUACUUUGAAAAUAAAAACUCGUUCUAAAAUGUUCAUUAUUUGUCAAAAAUUUAAUUUAAAUAAAAAAAUUUUAGCCAAAAUCUGGAGGUAAGUGUCUUUGAGCAUUAUAUCUCAUACUAACCAUUCUACGCAAUUUACUCUACUACAUUUUGUGUAUUUGAAAACAUGGUUAUUAAAGUCUCAGUAGUAUUUUUCUAACUUGAGAAAUACAGAUGCAUGCUAUCAACUUUAUCCUUCUCUUAGAUAUUUAAAUCAAUGAGGAAGGUUCUGAAGAGAGCAUUUGUUCCUUAUGUAGAUGAUACACUGCCAACAAAUACAUUUGGUAUAACAAAUUAUUUAUUAAAUCGUUCAAGGAUAUAUACGACACCCUUUGACUAGGGCGGGGACUGUUUAAAUACUUAGACUUUGCAUCAUGCCUGUGCAUGUAUAGCAAGCUGAAAUCUACCCCUAUGUACAUACACCGACUUCCUCCAUCCCAAAAUUAAUGUCAUUCUUACUUACAAUUCUCAGUCACGACAUGUAUAAAGUUCCACUGAAAUCCAAUAUAAACUGCGGAAGUAGCUUGCAC